CAUCUUCCAAGAACACAGCGUGUCUUGUUUCAACAAACUUAGUAAACUGAUUCGGGUAAUAAAAUCGAUAUGCCUUUGACUUAUCAAGAUAACCAAUAAAAUGACAACUUAUUGUCUUGGGGUCUAAUUUUCCCAUAUUUGGAUUGAAAACUAGAGCUUCAGCAGGACAGCCUCACACAUGUAAAUAAUUUAGAGUUGGUUUCUUCCCAAUCCAUAAUUCAAAAGGUGUCUUAGGAACUGAUUUGCUAGGAACUCUAUUAAGAAUGUGUGCAACUGUCUUUAGAGCUUCCAUCCAUAAAUCCACAGGCAAAAUGGAGUGACUCAUCAUACUUUGUACUAUAUCCAUUAGAGUGCGAUUAUGCCUUUUAGCUACUCCAUUUUGCUGUGGUUCACCCGGUGCAGAGUACUGGGCUUUUAUGCCAUUUUCUUCCAAAAACCUUGCAAAAGGUCCAGUAGUUUGGCCAUAAGGUGUAUGCCUUCCGUAGUAUUCUCCACCAUGAUCAGACCUUACAAUUUUGAUCUUCCGAUCAUGUUGAUUCUCAACUUCUGCUUUGAAAAUUUUGAACUUGUCUAAUGCCUCAGAUCUUUCUUUAAUUGGAUAAAUAUAUCCAUAGCGGGAGUAGUCAUCAGUGAAUAUGAUGAAAGAAUCAAAACCAUCCACUGAUUUUACAUUAAAAGGACCACAAAUAUCUGUGUGGAUUAUUUCCAAAACUCCCGUGCUUCGGUUUGCACCUUUCUUGAUUUUCUUUGUAUACUUCUCUUUGAUGUAAUCAAUGUAAUGUUCAACAUCUGCAUCCGAGAAAUUCAAAGGAUGGAGGAUAUCUUCUUUAAUGAGAUGCUCAAUUCUCUCCCUCGAAAUAUGGCUUAAAUGGUAGUGCCAUAAUUUCGAAGAAGUCUCAUUAUCAUUAUAUUUUCGUUUGGUACUGACGUUUGCAUUUGAGGUGGAAUCAACAUGAUAAGUGGCAUCAUAUAAAGAUAUUUUAUAAAGUUGUUCUCAUCUGAUGGCGAGACCAACCUCUUUAUUGUCAUACAUAAUUAUACAUCUAUGGUCUCCAAAAGUACAACGAUAACCAUUAUCAUCUAAGCAUGAAACAGAAACUAAGUUUCUUUUCAUAGAGGGUACAUAAAGAUCAUCAUUCAGCUGAAGUCUAAAGCCAGUAUGAAGAGUAAGAGUGAAGUCUCCAAUGGCCUUGACUUCUUCUUCAACUCCAUUAGCGACUCUAAUUCUUCUUUCCCCUCUUCUUAGGGUCCUCCUCGUAGCGAAUCCCUGUAAAGAGUUUGCAACGUGAAUUAUUGCACCUGAGUCAAUCCACCAAGAAUCAGUGGCAUAAUCAAUAUAAAGGGAUUCAUCAACAAAAGUUAUAACAUCAGUACCUUUCUUAUUGAGCCAUUUCAUAAAGCCAAUGCAGUCCCUCUGACGGUGUCCACUUUUUCCACAAAAGUGAUAUCCUUCGGGAUUUUUUUCUUUUUCCUCUGCACUGGAGCCACCUGCUGGCUUAUUCUGCUGGCCUUGCUUAGAAGAUUGCCCCUUUUCUUUGAAUUGACCAGGCUUAGGCUUAAAGUAUUCCUUCUUAAAUUUCUUAUACCUUUUCUUUUCAGAAUGCUUGAAUUGAUUAGCAUGAUCAAUCCUUUCUGCCUUAAGCCUUUCUUCUUCUUGCACGCACACGGCAAUCAACUCAUCAAUGCCCCACUUUAUUUUCAUAGAGUUGUAGUUGAUCACAAAUGGAGAGAACUCCUGGGGCAGUGAUGACAUAAUGAAAUGGACAAAAAAACCAUCAGAGAUUUCCAUCUCCAUUGACUUAAGCUUGGAAGCCAUGUGACAUUUCUUCAUAAUAUGCUCCCUUAGACUGCCAGUAGCAUCAUAUUUUUCACCCACCAACCUUUUGAUGAGGAUGGUGGCAUAAGUUUUAGAGGAGCCUUUGAAUUGCUCCUCAAUCUUAGUAAGAUAAUCCUGGCAGACUGAGUAUCAGGAAUUGCUCCUCUUAUUGUAUCAAUAAUGGAGCUUCUAAUGAUCAUAAGACAUUUUCGAUUUGAAAUGCUCUAUUUUGCCUUUUCUUCAUCAUAUUUCUUUUUCAGGACUUCAUAAUUUUCAUCCUCUGGUUUAGGCUCAACCAGAGGAUUCUUAUGGAGGGCAUAAUCAAUAUCUAGCAGAGCUAGAGUGAUUUCCAACUUAUCCUUCCAUGAAGCAUAGUUGGUUCCAUUAAGCUGCUCAAUAUUGCCUAAAACACUGGCAAUUUGAGACGCUGCAUAAGAGAGAAUCAACAUCAUUAAAUAAGCAUCUCCUUUUAUUGAUCAAAUCCAAAUUAGUUUUGGCCAGAAAUGAAUAAGAAUAAUAAAAUUUUGUGAAUAAGUAUUUAUUAAUCAGCUUUGGUCAGAAUAAUAAAUACAAAUCACACUUUAUUGAAUUUCAUGAACUUCUUUUAUUAAUUCAAUCAAAUCAGCUUUGGCCAGAAUUGAUUUGAAUUAAUAAAAUUUUGUGAUCAAAUAAGCGUCAAUUAGCUUUGGCCAGAAUGAUAAUUAUUUGUCACACUUAGUCAGAGUAAUUAUUUGUAGCGGAAAUUAUUUAUAACACAUAAAAUAAUAACUUCGAAUGAUAAACAUAAUGUAAUCAUCAAAUAUUAAAUAAACAUAAGAAAAUUUCAUCAUAUAAUAAGUCUAAUUAUUAUUUGUAUCAUUAUUUGCUAAAACACAAUAAAACAUCUUUAAAGAAUUAAACAUUAAAUAACAUUUAUAAUCAUAAUGCUUAAAGAUAAAACAAUAUUUAUAACCUAAAUUUCAGCAUUAUUUUGGCCCAUAAGCUUUUUCAGCCCGUUACUAUGCAGCCCAUUAUUCAUUUCAUUAUUUUUCCAGAAAAACAUAAUGAAAAUCGGCCCAAACUCAAAUUUCGGCCCAGGCCGUUUUCGGCCCGACCCGUUUAAGCACCGCCAUACCCUUCCCGGGCUCCAAGCCCAAAAACCUGGGCUUGGGCCGGGAAACCGCCGCCCCUGCCGGCCUCCCACCGGCCCGCUCCGGCCGCGAGAUGCGCGCGAGAUCCGACGGUCGACGCCGCGCCCGCGCCGCCUUAAAAGGCUGUUCGGCCGUGACCCCCCCAAACCCUAAAUCAUUUCUCCCCCCCUCAUUCUCUUUCCUCACCCGACGGCUGCGGGCGAGCGAGCGAGAGCCACGGCGGCGAGCGGCGUGGAGCGCCUCGCCGGCGCAGCGGAGGAAGACUGCACCGGCGAGCGGCCAUGGCGACGGUGGUGGCCUAGAAGGCCCUUUAGGUAAGCCCCCGACCCUUUUCUUUAGAUCUUAGGGUUAGGGUUCUUUAGGAUUUGGGGAUCUAUCUAGGGUUAGGGUUUCGGAAGUGGGAUUUGGGGUGUUCUUUAGUGGAUUUAGGGUUUCGGGCUGCAUGAUUUGGGUGUAGUUUAACAUGACAUGGGCAUGAACACAUAGAAGAUGCACAAGAACACUUAAACUAAGCAUAAUCUGUGUACUCAGAGAGCUAUAUAGGGUUCCAAUUCGAUACUAACCAAGCUCUUGAUGCCAUUGUUAGAAGUUCUAGGAUCUUAAGCUCAAAAUGGAACCACAUAGAUGACAUACUUUGAUCAUUAGUGCCUCCCAUCUUCUUCUUCCUUAGAUCUUGUUUCUGUGUACGUGUGUGUUUUGUGUGUGUCGGUCACAAAACUCUGGUGACAGCAGCACGCAUGGAUUGUGUUUUUUGAACGGGUCUCCCCUUCUAUUUAUAUGCCGCUCACCGGGGAAGACCCACAUCCCAUGGUCGGUUCCCGUCCCUGACGACGGGACGGGACGGGAACAAACGUUCCCGUUUCAUAAUUUUCUUCUAUUAAUUUAUCUUAUCAUUUACUAUAGAUCAUUUAAUGAAUCACUAUUUCACACAGUUUUCGAACACUUCCAUCACCUACUCGACGUCGUCUGCCGUCCACUGCGCGCCUUCCAUCCAUCGUGGCCGUCAGGUAUCCACCCACGGGCGCGCCCUUCCUCCGAACUACUCGCCCCUGCAUCUGGAAGCUUCCUUCCCGUCCAGGUCCAGGCAUCCGCCGACCGGGGGCUUUUCGGGACCACGGAAACCUUGCCCGGGCGACGUGGGCGCACCCGGGGCACGCCCGCCGGCGAAAUCGAACCAGGAGACGGCACUUUACUCGGUCGCCGCCUCGCCGCGCCCUCGCGCGCGUGUGGAGGGGGACGUAGCCGCGCCCUGCGCCACCAGUCGCCGCGGCGCGCUCGGCGUGCCACGCCGUCGCCGGAAAAUAUCAGCUUGCCACGGAGGAUUCAUGCACCUGCUGAGCUGAGCCGCGGGUCGGUGAUUCCAUCAGUUGGCUCGCUCGUUCCCGCGCGCGGCUGCCUCCUCCCCACGCUGUCCCGGCCGCGCUGCUGUGCGAGCGCGUCCGGCGGCGGCGGCUGGGGCCUGGGGGGCCGGACCGGGCCGGCAGCAGCAGCAGCAUGUCGCUUGAUAUACUCUCUGGCAAGUUCCUGUUCUCGUCCUGCGCCGCGGCGAAGCCCCCGAGAAAGGAAGUGAUCACGGUUCUCGCUGCCGGUGCCUCGCCGUCGACGCCGUCAAGGUCGAGGUCGUCGAAUUCCUCUUCUCUCCGCCCACGGCGCGUGCGGACCGUGCCAUCGAGUCCCACUAAGCAGGUGCCACGGCCUGCCGUCCGCAGCACCAGCGGCACCGUGAGGAGGCGAGGGCGGAGGAGCAAGGUCGAGGAAGAGCACGGCGUAGGGGGUGGAGAAAAAGGGGGUGAGUGCGUGCCGUCGAAGGAGGAGGCGUCCAUCAGCGUGGGAACGCUGUACCAGAAUGGCGACCCGCUCGGGCGGAAGGAGCUCGGCCGCUGCUUAGUGGAGUGGCUCAGGCAGGGCAUGGGAUCCAUGGCGUCCAAGCUCGCCGCGGCCGAACUGGAGGGCGACCUCGCCGGCGCGGCAUUGGCUCUAGAGUGGGGGUCGGCGGAAGGCAGGCUUGGGUUCGUGAUCCAAGCGCAGCCUUACCUCUCGGCAAUCCCCAUGCCCCAGGGCCUGGAGGCGCUCUGCCUCAAGGCCUGCACGCACUACCCUACCCUGUUCGACCAUUUCCAGCGUGAGCUCCGUGAUGUUCUGCUGGGUUACCAGAACCAGGGGCUCAUCUCCGACUGGCGAGACACGCAGUCAUGGAGGAUUUUGAAAGAAAUGGCCAAUUCUUCGCAGCAUCGGGCUGCUGUGCGCAGGACAUCUCCACAGCGUAAGGCCAUCCACAGCAGCAUUGGUAUAAGCCUUAAAAAGGUGAGGCUGAUGCAGGCCAGAAUUGAAGAAUUCGUUAGGCAUAUGUCAGAUCUUCUUCAGAUUGAGCGAGAUGUGGAGCUGGAGUUUACACAGGAGGAGCUGAAUGCGACUCCCGUUCUAGAUGAUGAUUCCGAGCCACCCAAGCCAGUUGAGUACCUGGUGAGCCAUGGGCAGGCUCAGCAGGAGCAGUGCGACACCAUUUGCAACUUGAAUGUGAUCAGCAGCUCCACUGGGUUGGGAGGCCUGCAUUUGGUUCUUUUCAGAGUUGAAGGUGGGCAUAAGCUGCCUCCAACUACAUUGUCUCCGGGAGACAUGGUUUGCGUGAGAACAUGCAAUAGCCGUGGUGAGGGUGCCACUUCUUGCAAGCAAGGUUUUGUUUAUAAUUUUGGGGAAGAUGGUUGCAGCAUAACAGUAGCUCUGGAAUCACGCCACGGUGAUGCCACCUUCUCUAGGCUAUUUGGAAAAAGUGUGCGAAUUGACCGGAUUCGGGGAUUGGCUGAUGCCCUUACAUAUGAGCGUAACCUUGAAGCGUUAUUGCUUCUCCAAAGGAACGGUUUACAGAAAGAUAAUGUUUCCAUUGGCAUUGUGGCAACACUGUUUGGGGACAGUAAAGACGUGGCGAAGAUGGUGAAGAAUAACCUGACUGAUUGGGAUGAAUCAAGUGGACCUGACCUGAGUCUAUCAGAGAGGCAUGCAUAUGAUGCCUCCCAGUUAAGGGCUCUCAAAUUAGGCUUGAACAAAAAGAGGCCUGUUCUAAUAAUCCAAGGGCCUCCUGGCACGGGAAAGACAGUCUUGCUCACUGAGCUCAUUGUGCGUGCUGUCAAGCAGGAUGAGCGUGUACUUGUGACUGCUCCAAGUAAUGCGGCAGUCGAUAACAUGGUUGAAAGUUUGUCGAGUAGUGGAUUGAACAUUGUGCGAGUUGGAAACCCCGUUCGACUAUCACCCUCUGUUGCUUCGAAGUCCUUAGGAGAGAUUGUGAAUUGCAGACUUCGACAAUUCAGAAAGGAGCUUGAGAGAAAGAGAACAGACUUAAGGAAGGACCUGAGGCAGUGCAUAGAAGAUGAUUCUUUAGCUGCCGGGAUUCGCCAACUGCUGAAGCAACUUGGAAGGGAUCUGGAAAAUAAAGAAAAGGAAACAAUUAGAGAAGUGCUCUCCAAUGCACAGAUUGUGCUAUCAACUAACACAGGGGCAGCUGAUCCACUUAUCAGGAGAACUGGGUGCUUUGACUUAGUAAUUAUUGAUGAAGCAGGGCAAGCAACUGAGCCUGCCUGCUGGAUACCUAUAUUGCAGGGGAAGCGCUGUAUUGUUGCUGGUGAUCACUGCCAACUUGCACCCGUUAUAUUGUCAAGGAAGGCCUUGGAUGGUGGGCUUGGUAAAUCUUUGUUGGAAAGAGCUUCAUCAUUGCAUGAUGAUUUACUGACGACAAGACUGACAGUCCAGUACAGAACGCAUGAUUCAAUAGCCAUGUGGGCAUCUAAGGAGAUGUACAAUGGGUUGCUCCAAUCCUCUCGUUCAGUUGCUUCACAUCUUCUUGCUGACUCUCCGGUUGUCAAGGCAACUUGGAUAACACGGUGCCCGCUGCUCUUACUUGACACCCGAAUGCCAUAUGGAUCCUUAAACAUCGGUUGCAAGGAGUAUUUAGAUCCUGCUGGCACAGGCUCAUUUUAUAACGAAGGGGAAGCAGAUAUAGUCAAACAGCAAGUUCUUAAUCUUGUACACUGUGGAGUGUCUCCAACUGCAAUUGUUGUUCAGUCACCCUACAUUGCUCAAGUGCAAUUGUUAAGAGAGAAGCUAGAAAAAUAUCCAGAACUUUCUGCUGUUGAGGUUUCAACCAUAGAUAGCUUUCAGGGGAGAGAGGCAGAUGCAGUGAUCAUAUCAAUGGUUCGGUCAAAUCCACUGGGAGCCGUAGGGUUUCUGGGCGACAGCAGGCGCAUCAAUGUGGCUAUUACAAGGGCACGCAAGCACAUCACUGUGGUUUGUGAUACCUCCACUAUUUGGCACAGCACCUUCCUGGCCAGGCUUCUUCGCCAUAUCAGGCGGUAUGGGCAAGUAAAACACGUUGCCCCAGGUUCCUUGGACGGAGUUUCUGGCCUCGGCUUCAGUCAACCUACUCUCCCCUCUAUCAGUUGACACACAGGAAAUUACAAACAGCUGAAGGCUUUGUACAUACACACGGAAUUGGAAGCUGAGAGGUCAUAUGGCCGGCCUGUUCUAGAUAUAUCCAUGAAGAGGAUUCAAACAGUGAUUCAUGGAUAGACAGCCAAGAGCGUCACAAGGUUGUGACACAUGGGCAAUCUUCUGUUCAACUUAACUGGGGUCUGGGAUGAUCCAUUUUAUUUUUUGAACUGAUGCACAGGAGGAUGAGUAUUCAGGAAGGGAACCUUCAAUCUCCUGAGUAUCACUAACCUCUUGCUUGCCUGACACGAUGCUCCUAUCGCUGUAAAAUAAGUUACUGUCAACAAGUAUACGGGAUACCCAGUACAGAUUACAGACAUGUACAGCACAUUGACAGUUUCAUAAUUGAGUUCCAGACAUUUCAUUCUGUGCUUUUAAUUUGGAAGCUACAGACUUGGAGCAACAUGUCAUGCUGUCGACAUUUGCAAGGUAUCUCUGAACUAUCCUUUCUUCCAACUCCAGUCUUUUCCCUGUCAUGGCUGUUGAAUUUCGUGCUGCUCCUCUGCAUCAUGUGCGUGUAGUCCUCCCUAUCCUGGGAAAUCAAUAGAUCAUGGAGGGAUCCAGCUCCCCCCACACGCAAAUGAACUUUCCUCAUAUUAUCCUUUCGUAUCCUGCUGCAAUUUUCUAAUAUUGUGCUGCAAUGCAAUGCAAUGCAAUCUCACACCAUUGGAGUUCUAUCAACAGAAGCGAAGUGCAUUCCCUCCCACAUGAAAUAUUUUCCACAACACGAUUCUGUAUGCUACUUGUACCCUUGUGUAAUAUCAUGUGCAUUUUUUUUCUUUUUUGCAUACGGAGUAUCAUGUAUGGGAGCUUUCAAAGUUGGGCGCUGAAGCUGCAACCAGCCAUGUGUACUGACAGACAAACUCACAUUUGUCAAAUGGGCUGAUAGACACAUACAUCUCUGGCUGGCAGUAUUCUAGGCUGAUAGACACAUACACAUACUUGGGACAAGAUUGCCAAUCGAGCCUAUCGAGGCCAAAUGGUUUGCGAUUGUUGGUGGUGGCGAACUUCCCCUCUGUCAUUAGAGUGAGCCUUGAAUGAGUAACCUUUGUUUUCUUGCGAUCAGAGCCUCACAAUUUUGUCGAUUUGUAUUGCAGUUUGUGAGCAAUUAUCAGGAACGCAGAAUCGCCAGCCAGAAAACCUGCGGUCUUUAUUUUCACUUGCAUUUCUAGCGGUCCAGGAGGAGUGGACUGUCCCCUCCAAGCAUCAGAUCUUUCUCCCAUGGCCUCUUGGUCCAUCAGCUCUGAUGUUACGCAGGACACUAGCCAACCUUUACUCUGUAAGGGCAUUUUCUGAAUGUAAUUGUCUGUCUGAUUCUUGUGAAUCUCAUGUGUUUCAAGCAGACCCUAGAUCGGUACAAGAGCAAUGCCAGAUCACAUCAAGGUGAGACAUUCUUUGAAGAAUGCUUGCUCCUCCAAGUUUCCGAGUAGUCGCCGUUUCAACUUUCAUGUGCAACAGCCCAAGAUUCCACGGAAAACCAAACUGCGCUCCAUGUUAAUUCUUUUCAAAUUGUAAGUCAUUCCAACUUUCUUGAGAAGUCAAACUAUUUUAUGUUUGACCAAAAUUAUAAAAAAAAAUUACAAA